UGUGAAGUGUGUGUGAUAUUGUGUUGUGAUGGUUUGGACUAAAGAUGGCCGCGGCUGGAUCAGUGAUCAGUUUAAUCCGCUGCUGUUAAAUCUGUGAUUUCACUCAGUGUGUUUGAGUUAUUAUUGUGUUGUAUUGUGUGUUUGAAGAGGUGUGAAUGAUGUCGGACUCGGAGGAGGAGAUUCAGGAGCGGCAGCUGAAGAUUGUGCUGUUGGGAGACGGAGCGUCUGGAAAGACGUCUCUCGCCACACGUAUUGCACAAGAGGCUUUUGGGAAACAGUAUAAACAGACAAUCGGGCUGGACUUCUUCCUGAAGAGAAUCACUCUGCCAGGAAAUCUGAACGUGACGCUGCAGGUUUGGGACAUCGGAGGACAAACUAUCGGAGGAAAGAUGCUCGACAAGUACAUAUACGGAGCACAGGGCGUGCUCCUGGUUUAUGACAUCACUAAUUCUCAGAGUUUUGAGAAUCUUGAAGACUGGCUGAACAUGGUGAGAAAAGCCAAUGAAGAGUCCGACACACAACCUGCCAUAUCACUGAUCGGAAACAAGAUUGAUCUGGAGCACAUGAGGACAGUAAAGAUGGAAAAGCAUCAGCGGUUCUGUCAGGAGAACGGACUCAUCAGCCAAUUUGUGUCCGCAAAGACUGGAGACUCCGUGUUUCUGUGUUUUCAAAGACUGGCAGCUGAGAUUUUGGGCAUAAAGCUGAAUAAAGCAGAGAUUGAGCAGUCACAGCAUGUUGUGAAAGCAGAGUUGGUGGAUUAUCCUCAGGAUGAAGGACCAAUCAGACAAGACAACAAUCAGAGCAAGAUCUGUUCUGUCCAAUAACAUACGUGGUUAAAGCAGAUAUAGUGAACUACAGUCAGGAGUCGGUGGCACGAGCCGUCAACCCUCCUCGCAGCUCCAUGUGUAACAUACAGUGAUCAUCAACACGCUCCCCGUCUGUCUCGCUCAUGUCUGCAGCUCUAGUGAGUGUCUGUGAUCACAUGUGUUUUUAAAGAGGUUUAUCUGACUACAGAUGGGACGCUAAACUCACUCAUCCUGAGCAAUACAUCACAACUGAACAUCAUGAACAUUAUUUGACUCAUUUGCCAAUUAGAUAUUUAGAAGAGCUUGAUGUAAAGAGUAGAAUAGAGGAUAAAUGCUUACUGUUGUAUUUGAUGAGAAGCUGAAAUACAGUGAGACAGCUGUCUGACGGAAGCAGAUGCUUAUAAAGGAUUUAUAUGUGUGCAUUUAUACGAGACCGCUACAUUCACCCCGACAGAAGCCUGACUUCCUGCGGUCGGAGGUUACAGCAGAUUAUUGCAUUGGGUACCAUCGAUGAAGGCCAUCCUGAACACGUUUUACAAUAAAUACAAUGACAAACACUUUAAAGGUGCACUCAUUACAUCUGUUGCUCAUUAAAAAGGUGUUUCACAUAUAGACAUGUAUAGCAUUUUUUAGAAAUAUGUUGAAAAUGAGGUGUUAGACUCCAGUCCUAUCGGUGACCCAAUAAAAGCUGUUUAAUUUCACAUGGAGCGGGUCGCCCCCUCAUGGGCACUGCCAUGUUGACCGCACAUGACACGGUAAUGACAAUAACAACAACAUGUUUACUUUAUAUUUGGCUUUCAGCCAAUGCUUAAACAUUAAAACCACAAACACAUCAAUGUUGAUAUACAGCGAGUGUGAUCCACACAGUCUGAACCGAACGAGGGCAAGAGGGAAGAUCAAAGGAGUGAUGAACCGAUGCUACCUGCAGCUGUCACGGAUCACUGAUAAGCAUCUGAACACACUCAAGAAUGUCCAUUAUAGGCAUGUGUGUAAUGUGAGAUGAUAGAAACACAGACAGUAACAAAACAGGAGCUAAACAAACAUUUGGAGUGAGGGGACGGCGCUACGGGACGAUGGGUAAUCUCACUUUGUGAAGCUCUAAAGGAAUAUUCUGUUCAUUAGAGGUUCAUCUCCGUCCACUGCAUUUGUGACAUGAUCUAAAUUACCAUCAAAAAUGAUUUGCUUUUCUUUAAAUGUGUGUUCCAGUGAGACACUUCCAAUGGAAGUCAAUGGGGUUUAAUCUGUACACAUUAAAAUACUGUUUCACAAGUAUAGACACAAGACAUAAACAAUAUGUGUGUUAACAUGAUUUUACUGUCAUUAAAUCACUUAUUAACCACAUCUGUGUGAACAUAGAGACGAUUAUACAACUGUGUUGCCAUGACGAUGUAACGGCUUAAACCCUAAAGCUGCGUACACACUGCUAGCGACUUUGUCGCUGCAGGUCGCCAGUGGCUGGCGGUGAAGUCGCUAGUGGGUGUUCCCACUACUGGUUGCCUAGUAACGUUUAUAAAUGACAUUCACGGAUGUCAUUCCAUUGCUCUUGACAGCGAAUCUCUUUUCUUGGCGCUAAAAACAAACAUUUUGGAGGGAAAAGACUAAAUAUAAAGAUGGAUGAGAAACAAGGCGUGCUGUUUGCCAUAGCGGCGGUUUAUCUGCGGCGGAAACGCAAACGCCGGUCUGUCUGUGUCCAUAAAACCAUUAAAUCUCAGAGUCAGCACGGCGAGUACCACCGGCUGGUGCAAGAGCUGCGGCUGGAUAUACCAUAUCCAUAUCAUAGAGCACUGGAACAUUGCUAACAGCAAGAAUUAGCCUUUCAUCCAUCUUUCCGUUACUGCAGGAGCUGAGAGAGAGAGAGAGAGAGAGAGAGAGAGAGAGAGAGAGAGAGAGAGAGAGAGAGAGAGAGAGAGAGAGAGAGAGAGAGAGGAUCA